CAGAGCCUAUUAUUACAUACUUCACAACACCUUGGGUAGGCAGCACCAUUACAAGCCUCUCGUGCUCUAUACUCGUAGCACCACACAGAACUUUGAAAGCCAGGCUCCAGUUGCAGCAUGUUACAUAUUUGGCAUUCUGUGCCAAAAUAUAACUGCGUUGCAUCUGUUUAAUUUGCAGAACUGUUUUGGAAGAUCGAUUCUAAUCCGCUGAUGUGAUAUCUCUCCCUUUGGAAUGAUGUGGACCUUUCACGACUGUGUUGGAUUUGUUUUCUUUUCCAGUUUCUGUAUCCAAAUCGGGUUCUCCUUACAAGGGAAGUUUACUGAUCUACCCUCAAAUGUAACGGCUAAAGAAGGUCAAAAUAUUGAAAUGGCGUGCGCCUUUCAAAGUGGAACGUCCUCUGUUUACUUGGAGAUUCAGUGGUGGUUCAUAAGAGCUCCUGAAGAACAGAACACCAGCGAAGAAGACAGUGACACGCAGAUGGAAAUCGUGCCCGAAAUUGAUCCGGAUGACGAGGGGACUAAAAUAAGUACAGUGAAAGUGCAAGGAAACGAUAUAUCCCACAAGCUGCAGAUUUCCAAAGUCGAGAAAAGUGAUGAGGGUUUAUAUGAGUGCAGAGUCACGGAUGCCAACUACGGAGAGCUACGGGAAUACAAGGUCCAGGCCUACCUUCAGGUGAACGCCACUGCUCGUCCGCGGAACAAGGCAGUUAAGAAGACAUCGCCUUUGCACCUGACGGAUAAAAAGCCCCGGAAAAAUAACUCUGCAGCUGCGCAGGACAGCGCCAUGAGCUCUGACCAGAGGCUCCGCUCUACCUCGAGUUCUCAGACAACACCGUCCAAAACAGCAAAACACAGCCCUGGGUCAGGUACGAGGAUAGCUACAAGCUAUGGACUUGCUGUCCUGCUCCUUGUUUGUGGCUUUGUGAGGGGUGCUGUACUAUAGUUUCAAGUGCUGACUUUUUCCAAUAUCACUUUCUCUUCUUAAAGCAAAGAGAAACUUGCCUGCUAUUUCCACGGAGUGGACAGCACAGCUGGCCCUAACUUCCAACCACCACUCUGCACCCAAUGCAUUCUAAUUACCUACACAGAAGCACCUUUUUUCCAAAGGCAAGCCAGAAGGAAAAACUUUUGUGCUGAGCAUUUAUUUAACGCUCCCAACAAUCAAAACAAAA